CUCUGAUUUAGAACCCUCCUGGGAUACAUUUGAUCAGAAAAAUGGCUCUCAGAGUACUGCAGGAACAAGAGAAGACGUUCUUCACCCUUCUCCUUUUACUAGGCUAUCUGUCACGUAAAGUGAUUUGUGAAACCGGAGACUGCAGACAACAAGAAUUCAGAGAUGGGUCUGGGAACUGUGUUCUCUGCCAGCCGUGCGGGCCAGGCAUGGAGCUGUCGAAGGAAUGUGGCUUCGGCUACGGGGAGGAUGCACAGUGUGUGACGUGUCGGCCGCACCGGUUCAAGGAGGACUGGGGCUUCCAGAAGUGCAAGCCGUGCCUGGACUGCGCGCUGCUGAACCGCUUCCAGAAGGCCAACUGCUCCGUCACCAGCGACGCCGUCUGCGGGGACUGCUUGCCGGGAUUUUACAGGAAGACUAAACUGGUCGGUUUUCAAGACAUGGAGUGUGUGCCCUGCGGAGACCCGCCUCCUCCCUACGAGCCGCACUGUACCAGCAAGGUCAACCUUGUGAAGAUCGCGUCCACAGCGUCCAGCCCUCGGGACACGGCCCUGGCUGCGGUCAUCUGCAGCGCCCUGGCCACCGUGCUGCUGGCCCUCCUCAUCCUCUGCGUCAUCUACUGUAAGAGACAGUUCAUGGAAAAGAAACCCAGCUGGUCCCUGAGAUCGCAGGACAUCCAGUACAGCGGUUCUGAGCUGUCGUGUUUUGACAGACCUCGGCUCAGUGAGUACGCUCACAGGGCCUGUUGCCAGUGCCACCAGGACUCGGCCCAGACCUACAGGCCCGUCCACGUGAUCCCGUCCCUGUGCUGUGAGAGGGCCUGCGGCACCGACCGGUUGGCCCUAGGCUGUGCCCUGCACUCUGCGGCCGCCCUUCAGGAAAGAAACGCAGCUUCGGUCGGGGAGACGGUGCCAGCGUUCUUCGCAUCCCUGUCCCGCUCCGUCUGUGGCGAGUUCUCCGAUGCCUGUCCUCUGAUGCAAAACCCCAUGGGUGGGGACGACAUCUCCUUUUGUGACUCCUAUCCUGAACUCACUGGAGAAGAUAUUAAUUCUCUUGGUCCAGAAAACGAGAGCUCAGCGUCUUUGGAUUCAGACAGUAGCCAGGGUUUGGUCUGUGGAGCUGUUUCAGUUCAAGCUCGCGCCGCAGACUUCACAGAAACUACUGACUUAUCUCGACAUAGCAACCCAGGGAUGGAGCCCGCUCCGGUCCCAGAUGCACUGCCUCCAGGACGCCAGCUAGAACCAGAGGCCACAGAGCCCAUGAGCCUGGCCACGUCCCUCCAGGAAGCCUAAAGGCCGCCGUCUUCCUGCAGUGGAAAUGUGAGGACCAGGAAGCGUGCCCCUUGUUAUAUGGACCGAGCGGUCUGGACCCUGCAGAGGCUCCUGGGGAAAAAUUAAUCUGAACCAAACCGACGGCAGUUUAAGCCUUUAGCCCUAAGCCUUUCAACCAGUUGCUUCCGAGCCAGGCUAGCUGUGAGCUGAAACCGCAAUGAAAAGCAAGAAAGGACUCCAGGCAGACUGUAAUCCUGGGCGUCUUCCCUGAAUGAGAAGCUUGUCGGAUUCAAGAGUGACUUCAAAGACGGGGGCACUGCAGUUACGAACACAUAACAAGACGGAGGGACACCUGGGCUUACGUUCCUGGUGACUGAUUUUACAAGACGGCAACCCAGAGCAUAAAUUUUGACUGACAUUUUCUUUCUACAAAUAAUCUUACAUAGCCUGUUAUCCUGCUAAGAGUCCACGUCAGACUCCUGACCUUGUUUUCUUUGUGUGAAAUGGGUUCGGAAUGGGUACUGCUGGUGGGGAAGGUCACUUUUUCAUCUUCGAAGGCUCGUUAGCUUAGGUGGUCAGGACUGACUUCAUACUUCCUGCCUCAGUCUUGUGCUAAGUAGAUGAGGUCAACAGACGUAACUAGGAAUUAGCUGUUUUGGAGAACAGCUCUUUACCAGAAUCUACGCUUCUGACGUUGGCCUCUGUCUCGUGGAUACCCACUGGUGCUGGUAGGAAAAGGCACCUGGGUUACUCACUGUGGUCUGGAAAGGGUGGCCCUGAACCCCAGUUCAAAAACCACUAACACGUUUCCUAGAACUUGGAUUGCACGGGUUAGUGUAGAUGUGUUAAAAUGGAGUGGACACGGAAACGUUUGUUACAUCUGCUCCUGGGCCUGAGUAGAGAAGGGCAGUAUUUAUCCAUACAGUGACCUUUCUUUGCGUUGGACCUUAUACUAAAGGCUUUAGAAAUUUCAGCGUAUCAGGUUCCUCUACUGCCAGAGUAGUCUUUAGGAAGAAUACACUUGCUAUCAGACGCAGAAGAAAAAGCACAAUUUGUAGGUGCUGUUUGGGAGAACUGGCAAGGUGUAGUUUGACCAGGACGUAGUAGUGUUCCCUCUGACCUUGUAGAAUUUUUCAGAACGUAAUCUCCUGUUGUGCCAGAAGAUAGCGGAGGUGUCCGGUGCCUCUGUUGAAGUACUCCGACAUCUGCAUGUUGCUGUUCAUGCGCCAGUUUGUCUGAGGGGAAGCAGAACAUGAGCCCAGUCCAGUCACGAAGCCAGGGGUGCCUCAUUUGUUCUUAAUCUUUAUGCCCUUGAGCAGACUUAAUUGAGCAGGGCUUAAUUAUUUUCCUCUUCCAACUUACAUGAUCAGAUCUGGCCUUUGUCUCUUAACUGCUUGCUAUUAGCUCUGUCACACGGACCCUGAAAAAAUAAAUAGACCUCUCCAUGUCCAUGUGUUAGAGGGGCACUAAGGUAUUUGUGUGCGGAUUGCCCGACCUGGAUCGGUGUCUUUUACCUGACACUUAAACCGAAAGUUAAAACUAAUUUGUUUUUCUUGCACCAUUUUUAUCUUCUCACUUGCUACCCCAACAUUUGUCUUUGUAAAGAUCAGUAAAACUCAGUGAGCCUGUUUCUUCCUUGUGGCCAUUUCUCUCCGCGUAAUUUUAGGUGCCGAUGUGGGUACAGUGGUGUGCCUGUGUCUGGGUACUUCUCCAUGGCUUCGGUUCCUUUACCAGAAGGAGAAAAUGAGAAGCCCGAAACCUUCGAUGCCGUCCAACUGCCCAGUCAUCAUUGACUGCCUUUUUUUUCCUGCUUGUUUUCUUUCGUGCAUGCAGCACUGAUUGUUAAACUUUAGUAGUCAUCGACUCUUACGAGAACUGCCCUUAGGAAUCUUGUAAAGUUUUUAGGACUUGACCACAGGGCAUCUAUGCAAAUGCAAGUCGGGUUUCCUUAAGUGGCUUCCCUGCCUUCCCCUGUGUCUGUCAUUGUUUGCAGUCUCAUCACCUCUGUUAUGACAAGAGAGAUGGAAAUGAUCAAAAUAGGCAGGGUUGUGUUUCUUUGCGUAACCUGAAUAUAUUUCCCGUAUGUACAUCCCUGAGUCACUUCAAGGACACAUGUGCGAAGGAAGCCAGAUUGACAGGAAUGAGACUUUGGCCCCAAAUCAUGAACCAUCACUUGUAAUCAGUACAGAAAUGCUUAGGGUUGAAAACUGAUUCCAUUUGAAUACUGCAUUUGAAAAAUCCUGGGCUGUUUUUAUCAAGAUGGAGACAUCUCACCACUACUUAGAAACAUACAAAAAUGUUGUAUUUUACACUCUUUGCAAACACUUGAGAAGAAAAAAUCCAGUUUGUAUUUCCCAUUAUUGGAAGAUCCUGCACGGCACCACGGCUCUGCUGCUACAGUGCUGAUGUGGGGGGCCCACCCGGCGUGCCCCACGGCCCAGCCGUCCUCGCUGGCUGGCGUGGUGCCGAAGCCACAAGGAUCUGAAGAAUAACCACAUCAGCUCGUGCUCUUUUAAAACGUUUUGUAUAUGGAAUAUAUUUUUACAUACAAACUUUUCUGCUUUGGAGAAAGUGUUAAUGUUGCUGUUACUGAGAUUAAGUACUGCCGUCUGUGCUGGAAAAGAAGAUCAAAGGGAUGAGAGCGUCAUUGCUUUCAGGUAGUUUGGAUCAGUUUAGAAUUCAUGAUAACUUUUUGCAUACUGUAAUUUUCCUAUACAAGUAGUUUUGUUAUACUUUUUUAUUUGUGAAUAAAAUUGAUAGUUGCUAUUCUUA